CAAGAAUGCCUCUUUAGAAAUUUUAAAAUUUUGAAUUUAUUAUUUAAUACCAUCAAAAAAUGUAUUUAAGAUACUGUUUAUACUCCAAGUACGCCGCAAAAAAUGUUAGCAAAUUAAGGCGUACUAUUUCUAAUUCAAUUCGACAUUAUUGCCAAACACAAAAUUCUCCAGAAGUAAAUGUACCAUUCUCCAAUGGUCGUACUUUGACUGUUUCCACUGGAGAAUACGCUCGGUUAGCAGAUGGGUGCGCAGUCGCAAGUCUUGGGGACACGUCCGUUAUGGUGACAGUUGUGUCUAAACCGAAGGCAACAGUACAAGGAUUUAUGCCCCUCGUGGUGGAUUACCGGCAAAAAUCUGCUGCGGCCGGUCGAAUUCCGACGAACUUCUUUAGAAGGGAAUUGGGUCCUUCAGAACGAGAAAUACUGACGUCUCGUCUAAUAGACAGAAGCCUGAGGCCCCUUUUUCCCGAUAAUUUCAAUUGUGAAACACAAGUUAUAUGCAAUAUGCUGGCCGUUGAUGGAGUAAAUAACCCCGAUGUUCUAGCUAUAAACGCUGCCUCCGCGGCCUUGUCUUUGAGCGACAUUCCGUGGAAUGGCCCCAUAGGAGCAGUGAGAGUCGGUUUUAUAGACAACGAAGUAAUUAUUAAUCCCACACGUAGAGAAUUGCAAUCUUCAUCUUUGAAUUUAGUGGUUUCUGCUAUGAAGAGGAAUUUAGUUGUGAUGUUAGAAGCAAAUGCGAAUGCAAUCUAUCUCCAGGACUUACAGAAAGCCAUUAAAGUGGGCACAAAAGAGUCUCAAAAUAUCAUUAAUCAAAUAGAAAAACUGCAAAAAUCUGUGGGCAAACAAAAGCGCUUAGUAGACACCCCUAAAGAACUCUCCGAAGAAACUACCGAAGGCCUAAGAUCCUUAAUGGAAAUGAGAGUUACGGAGAUAUUUAGAAACUACACACACGACAAACUGUCUAGGGACAACGCGCUAUCCGAAGUGCGUAAUGAUGUUUUCGAGAAAAUCAAAGCCAGUUUCGAAGAAAUCGAUAUGAAUUUACUCAACGAAGCCUACAACAAAAUCGUCAAACAGAUUUUCCGCAAUCUAAUUUUCCAAGAAGGCAAGAGAUGCGACGGAAGGGAUUACAACGAAUUGAGAAAUAUAUCUUGCAAGGUCAACAUGUACAAGCCCUUGCACGGUUCGGCUGUAUUCCAAAGAGGGCAAACGCAAGUGUUUUGCACUGUUACCUUAGAUUCCCACGAUAGUGCGCUUAAAUUAGAUCCCCUAAGUGUAUUGACCAGUGGCGUAAAGGAGAAGAAUUUUUUCCUCCAUUACGAAUUCCCGCCGUUCGCGACCAAGGAAACUGGUAGAAUAGGACCUAUCGGGCGAAGAGAAAUGGGUCACGGAGCUCUAGCCGAAAAAGCUCUGACGCCUAUAGUGCCUAACGAUUUUCCGUUUACGAUAAGACUGACAUCGGAGGUUUUGGAAUCGAACGGUUCGAGUUCAAUGGCGUCUGUUUGCGGUGGUACUUUAGCUCUAAUGGAUGCUGGUGUACCUAUUUCGUCUCCUGCAGCAGGUGUUGCGAUGGGUUUAGUUACUAAAUAUGAUAAAGAGAAUAGUAAUAUUGAAGAUUAUCGUAUACUAACAGAUAUAUUGGGUAUAGAAGAUUACAUGGGCGAUAUGGACUUUAAAAUAGCCGGCAACAAAAAAGGAAUAACAGCUCUUCAAGCUGAUAUUAAAAUACCUGGACUACCUCUUAAAAUCAUAAUGGAAGCCCUUCAAACAGCGGCAGAUGCCAAAACGCAUAUACUGAGUAUUAUGAAUCAUUGCAUAGACAAACCUCGGGAAGUUAAGAAAGAAAAUUGGCCCGUCUGCAAAAAGCUUGAAGUAGAAGUCCACAAGAGAUCAAGGCUGUUAGGACUGGGAGGCGUUAAUUUGAAAAAAUUGUUCGCCGAAACUGGCGUUUCUGUGUCUCAAAUCGAUGAUACCACAUUCGAUGUGUUUGCGCCGAGCCAACGCGCCAUGGACGAAGCCGAUGAAAUUAUACAAAAAUUAUUGACUACUGAGAAAGCACCAGAAUUGGAAUUCGGAGGCGUUUAUAAAGCUACUAUCGUUGAAAUAAGAGAUAUAGGGGUAUUGGUGACUUUAUAUCCAGGAAUGCCUCCGGCUUUGUUGCAUAAUUCACAAUUAGAUCAAAGAAAGAUUGCGCAUCCUUCAGCGUUGGGAUUAGAAGUCGGGCAAGAGCUUCAAGUGAAAUAUUUCGGAAGAGAUCCCGUAUCGGGUUUAAUGAGGUUGUCGAGGAAAGUCCUGCAAGUAAACCUUAGGUGAUAAGCUUUGCGAUUGUAAAUAUAUUUUUUUUAUAAUAAAAUGUUUUAUAGUU